ACACUGUAUUUUUGGGAUAAAAGACCUAAUCGCAAUCUCAUUUCAUUUCCAGUUCUCUUCUUAUAAUCAUCGCCCCUGAAAGCGACACCAAUCCUUCCCUCUCCUCUCUGUUUAACUUCUGCAUCUGAUCUCUGAUCAGCCGCUCUCCGCCACUGUCUCAACCUCCUCUUCCUUUCCUCCUCCGCCACUUCCACCAUUACCUCCAGUAACCUUGCUUUUGUUGCUGGACUCUCUUUCGAAGCAACCAUCCAGGGCCACCACCUCUACACUGCCUAAUUCCUUCUUUUCUAGUAUAUUUCAAAGAUCUGAGGCUUGAAUCUGAGAAAAAGAAGCUAAAUGUCAGUGUUCAUUGUCUCCGACGGUAUUUAGGUCAAAGCCACUAGCUAUUAGAAGGUCUGGUUUUAUUUUCUUACUUAAUUUCAUAGAGCUUCUUUGAUUACUUGGUCAGUCUGGCAUUUUUUACACUGCUUGGUUUCCCGGAAAGUGCAAGAAAGACUAGACCUGAAAAUAAAAGAUCAUAGCUACCAUUGGAAAUCAAGCAACAGUUUAACUUCUAUCACUACAUUUUUAGAAUUCUGGAUCUUGUAUACUUACAGCCACUGGAUCCAGCUCCUCCUAGCCUUGCUCUUCACCCAUCUGUUGAGAGAAAAUUUUCCCCUUUGUUCUAAACUGCCACUUUCUACCAUUGCUUCGCUACUGUUCAUUUCAGCUGCUUUGCUAUUCCAAACCUAAGUCAACUUUAAAGAACAGUUGCUAAUAACAAAUGGACUGUUCUCGCUCCUGGCUGUGUGGGCAUUGUGCCUGAUACGCAUUGUUGGGUUUAAGUGUACAGAAAAUAGUGUAUUUACUGGUUAAUCUUUGUGCUUCCCUUUUUAAGCUUAAGUGAUUAUAUCUUUGGUUGUUGGGUUUUAGUUCUACAAGAAUGCUUGCUUUCACUAUAGGAAUAGACUAUUAGGUGGGUUGUCUUCUUGCGGGAAAAGCAUGGUUGCAUUUCUUUUGGAACUUCAUUUUCUUUAUCUUUUUUUCUCGGCAAUGGUGAAAUUUCUAAGCUUCUUUUUCCAAAAUCUGAUGUAUCCUCUUUCCAGAAACUUGUUGUUGCUGCCUAAGAUUCUGCCAUUUUGAACCUGACUCCUACUUCAUUGACUAUAAAUUUGAUAUAAAGAUGGAUGAUGGUGGACAACAUCAAAGUGGGAGAUAUAAGAUCGACUAUUACAAGUGGAGUUUGAUGCCGCCACCUCAUUUAAAGGAACAAAAUAAUGCCCUAGUGAUGAAUAAGAAGAUCAUGGCCAUCCUUGCCGAGAGGGAUGCUGCUAUUCAAGAACGGAAUAUGGCACUAGCUGAAAAAAAGGAAGCAUUGGAUGCCCGAGAUGAGGCACUCCAGCAGCGGGACAAAGCCCUUGCUGAACGGGACAAAGCUCUGAUGGAGAGAGACAAUGCUUUGGCUGCAAUUCAAUACCGGGAAAAUGAUGUGAACUUCGCAAUGAACAAUGAAAGUCAACGGGGAUUGAAGCGCAUUCCUCACCCAGUAUACAAGUCAAAUGCCGUGGUAGAAGCUCUUAAUAGUGGUGAAACGCACAUCACUGAUACCUUCCCUAUAGCAAAUGUUUCAGCUGAAUCUCUCAAACUGCGUCAGACAAAGAGAUCAAAAGAGAAUAAACCUGCAUCAUCAAAGGCAAGUAAGGCCCCCAGGAAGGGCAAUAAAGUAGCUGAAGAUCUGAAUAGAGAAGGCGCUUCUGAUGGGAAGAAAUUUAAGGUUGAAUGGGAUAGUCAAGAUGCAGGCUUGAAUCUGGUCAAUUUUGACGAGACCACCAUACCAGUGCCUGUUUGCUCAUGCACUGGAGCUCCACAUCAAUGCUAUAAAUGGGGGAAUGGUGGGUGGCAGUCAUCCUGUUGCACCACCACAAUGUCAUCAUACCCCUUACCUCAGAUGCCAAAUAAGCGCCACGCCCGAAUUGGUGGACGAAAGAUGAGUGGAAGUGUCUUCAGAAAAUUGCUUGGUCGGUUGGCAGCAGAAGGCCACGAUCUGUCAACCCCUCUAGACCUCAAGGAGUACUGGGCUAGACACGGGACAAAUCGCUAUAUCACCAUCAAGUAAAUCUUUCCCUCCCUUGAUCUUAAAGUUUAUCUCAUGUUGUAACAAGUAUUGCUCAACUGUUCUGUAGCAAAAUGUGGAGCUUCCUGGUUCCAAUUUCAUUAGUAUGGAACUGUAUAUUGAAUUUCAGC